UUAAGCAUAAAAAUAUCAUAUUUUAGUUCCCCACCAUCUCUCUCUCUUCGUGGAAAAAAUAUUACUAAGCGCAGAAUUUUUCCACCCACUUAGUAGCACGCCGAUUUGAUUUUUCUCUUCUUCGGUGAAGCCCUCAUGUCAUGUCAUGACUCUUGAGGUAUUUACGGAAGGUGGUGUUUGACUUUGUUGCUAAGAAACAACCUGUUAGUUGUGAAGGUUACGGAAGGUCAAGUCUUUUGAUUCAAUUUAUUCAUCAAUAAACACUUCAUGUUUGUUGUGUUUUCAUUUUGAUUUUUGUUUUCUUUCUGGUGAAUGGAAUUGGAUCUAUUAUCUUUGAUCAAUUUAUUUUUGCCUGUUUUUGAUUGGUUUGAAAGUUUCUCUCAUAUUAUGUGGGAAAAGUUUCAUUUUUUAUGAUUUUAAUUUUGUGUCCACCUAGUGUUUGUUGAUGGGUCUGAACAAAUUUGGUAAUUGUGAAGAGCAUUGUUUGAGAAUUGAGGGUUACCCUUUUCGUUCCGAGUUUUGUUCAUAGAGAGUGGAUUGAUAAAGUGUCAUUUUUUAUUUAUUGCUGCAAGUUUUUUCUUUUGGGAGUUUUGUUCUGAUAAGAUGGAUGAAACUAGUAAUUCUUGGUUAAGAAGGACAAAAUUCUCUCACACGGUUUGUCACCGAUUGGAUUAUUCGAGAAUAGGCUCUUUCAUUAUUCAGCAAGAUGCAGUGCCGAAUUCCGGUCUGAAAUCAAGGACACCAUCGUUAGUUUCAUCAGCUUCAGUAACAGCAGCAUCGGCACCAGCUUCGGCAACAGCAACAGCAACAGCAGCAUCUGCACCUCCUGUUGUUUCUAAGGUUUCAAAGGUUCAGAAACAUCCUUUAACAAAUAAGCAGAGAUCUUUGUCUCCUUUGCCUGAAACCUCUCUCUCUCAAACCUUUAAGGAAGCCAAGCAUGAACAGAAGAGGUUCUCGACUCCUGGUCCAAGAAGGAAAGAGCAGGAUACAAGAAUCAUGGGGAAACUACUGAACAAGGACUCUCAAGUUUCCAAAUCUAAAUCGCCCCAAAAAAGUCCAAUUAGGCACUUUUCAUCGAUAAGAUUCAGUGACAAGUUGAAGAACCGAAAGGACUCGGGAUGGACAAAGUAUUUUGAUCAUGGUGGAGGAAAGGUUACCGCAGUCGAAACGGCUGAGGAAUGGAAUGUUGACCUCUCUAAGCUCUUUGUUGGUCUUAGGUUUGCUUAUGGGGCUCACAGUAGGCUUUACCAUGGUAUGUAUGAGGAGGAACCUGUUGCUGUGAAAAUAAUCAGGGUACCGGAUGAUGACGAAAACGGAACAAUGGCUGCUACAUUAGAGAAACAAUUCAUCACAGAAGUCACACUUUUAUCUCGCCUCCACCAUCAAAAUGUUCUUAAGUUCGUAGCAGCAUGCAGAAAGCCACCUGUUUACUGUGUUAUCACAGAAUAUCUAUUAGAAGGUUCAUUGAGGGCAUAUUUGCAUAAGUUGGAGGGGAAAAUCAUUUCUUUACAGAAGCUAAUUGCUUUUUCUCUGGAUAUUGCUCGUGGAAUGGAAUAUAUACACUCUCAAGGUGUCAUUCAUCGAGACCUUAAACCAGAGAAUGUUCUCAUUAAUGGGGACUCUCAUCUUAAAAUUGCUGAUUUUGGCAUUGCCUGUGAGGAAGCAUACUGCGACUUACUUGCUGAUGACCCUGGUACUUACCGUUGGAUGGCACCUGAAAUGAUCAGACGAAAGUCCUAUGGGAGAAAGGUUGAUGUCUAUAGUUUUGGGCUUAUCUUAUGGGAAAUGCUCACCGGUACAAUACCAUAUGAGGAUAUGACUCCCAUCCAGGCUGCGUUUGCUGUCGUAAAUAAGAAUUCGAGGCCUAUCAUUCCUUCAAACUGCCCACCAGCAAUGCGAGCUUUAAUUGAGCAAUGUUGGUCCUUGAAUCCGGACAAAAGGCCUGAUUUCUGGCAGGUUGUUAAGGUGUUGGAGCAAUUUGAAUCUUCGCUUGCUCGUGAUGGAACAUUGACCCUGCUACAAAACCCUUGUGGCCAAGAUCAUAAAAAAGGGCUUCUUCAUUGGAUUCAAAAGCUUAGUCCUGCACAUCAUAGUAGUGGUCCCGUGCCCAAACCAAAAUUUACAUGAAUCUUCUGAGUGUCCUGACUUUUGUAGUACACUAGGUCCAUUGUAAUUAAUAUUGAAUGGUUUAAAUACCAACCCUCUGCAGAAAAAGGUUGUUAUAGGUUCAGUCUAUAGUUCUCUUUAUAACAUUCAUAUGAGAGUAAAAUUGAUAUGUAGGCCUUGUACAUUGAGGUGAAAACAUAAUUUAUUUUCUCGGUCAUGCAAAUAACUUACGGCGAAGUUAUUGCGCUGUGCCGGUAGUAGUAGUUCUUUUUGGGGGCAAUAGUUAUCUGUUUUUAUUUGUUAUACAAGCCUAUAAGGUACUUCACAUUUUAUACAGUUUAAGUUUUAAUUCUGUAUUUGUAAUGUGUUAAAUUCUUUUUA